AUCUAAUUGAUUAUAAGAUGGAACGAUGCUCUUACGAAAUAUUGUCCAAUUACGGAGAAGGUACUUUCGGUGUUGUUUACAAAGCAAGACAGAAGCCAUCGGGAGACUUAGUAGCAAUAAAGAAAAGUAUUGAAGUCAGAUAUGAAAGACCAGCUCGCGAAAGACUUGAAAAUGAGCGUCGUGUUUUGAAUAAAGUAAAACACGAAAAUGUUAUAUCCCUUAUUUAUUGUGACGAAACUUCACAUUCAUUAUCGCCGACAUUAUCUCGUUUUAACGUACAACUUAAUAUAAAUUCUCUAAUAUUUCCCUUUUGCCCCCUUACGUUAAGAACUUUGCUUGAUGAAUAUAUAUUGACCUUAUCAGAAAUUAAAUCGUGCAUGUGGAUGAUACUAAAUGGAGUUGCAUAUAUACAUGAUUGUGAAGUAAUACAUCGGGAUAUAUCACCAAAGAAUAUUUUAAUAAGCGAUUUAGGAAUAAUUAAAAUUGGCGACUUUGAUGAUGCAUGGAUGGAAUCAGAUAAUGGCGAUGAAAAAAGGGGGGAAAUGAGAUUCGAAGUAGGAACAAGAAUUUAUCGUGCGCCGGAACUCCUUUUUUCUUCGAGAAAUUAUUCCUAUGCAGUUGAUUUAUGGUCCCUUGGAUGUAUAUUUGCUGAAUUUUUUACCAAAUAUAUAGGGUAUCCAUUGUUUGAUGGUGGAAGUGAUAUUGAACAAUUGUGCAAAAUAUUUCAAAUACUUGGUGUUGCAAACGAAUCGAAUUGGCCAGAAGUUGUUGAAUAUUCCGAUUAUGGAAAAUUUAAAUUUGCCGAAAGUGAUUCAGUGGGAUUGACAAUUAAACAUUUACCUCGCGCAAAUCAAAAAAUUGUAGAUUUUAUUGCAGGAUUCUUAAGAUAUCCUACAAUGGAUAGAAUGACUGCACGUAAAGCAUUACAGGAUUCUCUUUUCCAAUUAGAUGAUUUUUCAAGAACUCAUAUUGAUAUUUCUUUACAGAAAAAAUGAAGUUAUCACUGGUUGAAUAUCUUUGGAAUUUUUUAUCACUUUAGUUUAAUUAAUUAAUUAUCCUUUCAUUUGUAAAGCAGGCAAAUAGGAUUAUUGGAAGCAUUUUGG